AUGAGGACAUACGCGAAAUGCACCGUCUGCCUCCGCGGUCCAUACCAGUUGAGCAAUUACUACAGUCAUCUUCGAACAGUUCAUUUUUGGAGCGAUGAAGAUGUGGAAGCGGAAAAGAUCAGGAUCAGAGAAGCAAGGUUCUCUAGGAAGGACAAGCUCGAGUGCUCACACUGCUCGAGAUUCUAUUUUUCUCUCCACGGCCUACGAGUACACUUGGAGAAAGAGCAUGCUGACGAACUGCUAGACAAAGACAGGGCUCGUACGACGGUGACUUGCCCAUCAUGUCAUGAGGUGUUUCGCACUGGAUACGAACUUUCAUUACACUGUGGUGCAGCACAUAAUGGAGAAAAUGGUCAGGACUUUUCAAUAAUUCAGGGUGAAUUCGCUAACGAGAAGGAAUUCAACGUAUGGAUGGACUCUGUGGAACGUUUGACAAAGGUGCAAUUCACAAAGAGAACUUCGCGUGCCUGCCCAAAUGGAAGGAAUCACGUCUUCCUAUGCAGGCAUGCAAGAGGCAAAGGAGACGUUGUUGAUCCGGAGGAAAUGCGGCUGCGGUUCUCCAAGAGCAAGCGCGUUCACUCCCACUGUCCAGCUUUCGUUAAAAUUUUGGAAAACUCCAAAGAAGGUUCUCAAGGGCUGCGCUACGUUGCAUGCCUGGGCCACUUAGGCCACAAGACAGGUCAGGAACUACACAGCGUUAAGAAGUAUACUCACAUGCAGUGGAAGAAUCAUAUGAAGCACAAGGAGGCGCUACGGCAGUAUGGCCACAACCAGGACAAGAUAAUCGAGUUGCGGAAUAACGUUUGGGCAGUUGUAUCAGAGGAUGGUGAACAGCACUACGUAACAGUUGGCGAUACUUGCGACUGUAACCCUGGGGUGUGCUCUUGUCCAUUGAGCGAUAUCCAUUGUGAUCGAUGUGGUGCAUGUAACUAUCAGAUGAAGUGUGACUGUACAGACAUGAGCUGCACUAGAAGGUGUUGCGUUCACUGUCAUGCAGUGGCGACAUUCUCUAAAAAAGGUAGAUUUCCUCUUGACGUUACUCAGCUUGGUGCUUGGGGAAUGGCUGUUGACUCGAAAACGUUGAAAAGGAGCAGUAAAAAAACUGCAGAAGCACUAUGUAUAGAACCUCGUUUACCAUCAAACGGACGUCGAGAAUGA